AUGAACCAAAUAGACCUGUCGUCGUUGGAAGGCCCACCUAUCAUCCACCGCCCUCAUUCUACAAACCCUUACUCCGAGGGCAACCUCCCUAGUAUACAGUUGGAUUAUUCGGCGUUACCACUGGAACCCUUCAAUGGCAUGCCAAGUCAUCCACCACGGCCAGCAUCCGCUGACCCGGUGCCGUCCUGCCGAGAUAAGUCCCCUAGUAUAGGGUCUGGCGUCAACUGGCUUCAUCGUGGCCGAGCCAAUGUGCAACGCCCAGCAAACUUGGUGCCAGAAAACGACGCCCGCCAUGGUGGCUCUGGGCGGAGGAUCGAUUACUCCUCUGCGCGCCGUCCCAAUUCUCACCUGGGCCACUUCUCCCCAUUCAACCCACAUCCCGAAGAAGCAAGAUACCCUUUUGGACAAAGCGCCUCGCCGUCCAACCAACUUAUUUGGGACGAUAGACGGAAUAUCUGGGUGCGAGCAGAUACUGCCAUGCCAACGCCAUCAUAUCCAACCAUCGCAAAUCUCUCAACGAGAAGAUCAGAUACUCGCCAAGUGCCAACGCUCACCCACUCUCGCUCGACGAAUACAUAUUUUUCGAAUAAUAGCGACCGGGACGCAGACAUUGCCAGUUCUCCUCCGCCACCCUAUGAACAACACAGAUUCGAUCAGCCGAUAUCGUCGCUGCGGGUGAGUCCGGGGGAGCAUCCAUCGCGAACGGCCGCGCAGGAUUCAAUGUGGGCGGCCGUUGCGGGGCGGAGAGUACAUCGGGUCCCCUUUGGCAAUUGA